GUCUCCUCUGUGCGCUCCCAUUCAAUCUCUGUAGUCAGCAGAACGAGUGACGGUGCGGAGCAGCGCAGCAUCCACAAUCGCAGCGUCCUGCGUGAUGACUCCAAGGUGGAAGCAAAAGAAGGAGGUGUUGAGGAGAACAUGUUAAAAGACCCUCAGUGAAGAGCGGGAAAGUGUGACACCGGAGGAGUAAUAGUGGGAGAUGAGAGGGGCCGAUCGAGGCAUCGCUGCUGUCUGAGGACCACUGCAGCAGCACUAAAUCUGGUGCUGUCAGACCAACCCUCAGCAGAGCGAUAAGGGGGAAGAGGCCAUUUAAAGCGCUGAUCUCAUCACUCUGUAAAGCAGCAAUGGGAUCCCCAAGAGCAGCUCUAACUUCACAUCGAAAAAAAGUGGAUCUCAAGUGUGGACUUUGCUCUUCAGAGGAGUGAAAAGAACACCAAGUUUUAAAGUCUAAUAGAGGACCUGCGUGUGCUGCACUGCGUCCGAGGCGAGCAACCUGUGCUGUCAUCUUCCCAGGUCCUCCCUCGCAGCUGUCUCCUGCUGGUGAAUGUCUUCUCUGCACGCUCCUCCACUGCUCGGCAGUUGAACACACUCAUGGUCGAUGCCAAGGGAAGGAACAUGAAAUGUCUGACUUUCUUCUUAAUGCUCCCUGAGUCAGUCAAAAGCAAGUCAAGCAAAAGCUCCAAGAAGGGGAAUGCCAGCAGCAGCUCCAAACUGCCCCCAGUCUGUUAUGAGAUUAUCACUCUGAGGAGCAAGAAGAAGAAGAAGAUGGCAGCGGACAUAUUUCCCACCAAAAAGCCGGCACCUGCCACCACGGUGCAACAGUACCAGCAGCAGAACCUCAACAACAACAACACCAUACAUAACUGUAACUGGCAGGGACUCUACUCCACUAUCAGAGAAAGAAAUUCAGUCAUGUUCAACAAUGAGCUGAUGGCAGAUGUUCACUUUGUGGUGGGUCAGCCUGGAAGGACCAAGCGGCUGCCAGGACACAGAUAUGUCUUGGCAGUGGGCAGCUCCGUGUUUCACGCCAUGUUCUAUGGAGAACUGGCUGAAAACGACGACGAGAUCCAUAUUCCAGAUGUGGAACCACCAGCCUUUCUGGCAAUGUUAAAGUACAUCUACUGUGAUGAGAUUGACCUGAGUGCCGACACAGUGCUAGCCACUUUAUAUGCUGCCAAAAAGUACAUUGUCCCCCACCUGGCACGCGCCUGUGUAAACUUCCUGGAGACGAGCCUGAGCGCCAAGAACGCCUGCGUCCUCCUCUCCCAGAGCUGCUUGUUCGAGGAGCCUGAGCUGACUCAGCGUUGCUGGGAAGUGAUCGACGCCCAGGCCGAGCUGGCGCUACGCUCUGAGGGUUUCUGCGACAUCGACUCCCAGACCCUCGAGAGCAUCCUCCAGCGAGAGACACUCAACGCUAAAGAGAUUGUUGUCUUUGAGGCGGCGCUCAGCUGGGCUGAAGCUGAGUGUCAGAGACAGGAGCUCACCAUGUCCACUGACAACAAGCGUAAGGUUUUGGGCAAGGCCAUGUACCUGAUACGCAUCCCCACCAUGGCUCUGGAUGACUUUGCUAAUGGAGCAGCCCAGUCAGGCGUGCUCACACUUAACGAGACCAAUGACAUCUUCCUUUGGUACACAGCUGCCAAGAAACCUGAACUUCAGUUUGUCAGCCAGCAAAGAAAAGGUCUAACACCCCAGCGCUGCCACAGGUUCCAGUCCUGCGCCUACCGGAGCAAUCAGUGGCGUUAUCGAGGCCGCUGUGACAGCAUACAGUUCGCCGUGGACAAGCGUGUUUUCAUCGCUGGGUUCGGCCUCUACGGCUCCAGCUGUGGAUCGACAGAAUACAGUGCAAAGAUAGAGCUCAAACGUCAAGGAGUACUGAUGGGACAGAACCUAAGCAAGUACUUCUCAGAUGGAUCCAGCAACACUUUCCCUGUGUGGUUUGAGUACCCGGUCCAGAUUGAGCCCGAUACCUUCUACACCGCCAGCGUGGUUCUGGAUGGGAAUGAGCUGAGCUACUUUGGACAGGAAGGAAUGACAGAGGUGCAAUGUGGGAAGGUGACAUUCCAAUUCCAGUGCUCGUCAGACAGCACGAAUGGCACAGGUGUGCAAGGAGGUCAGAUUCCUGAGCUUAUCUUCUACGCCUGACAACUUUGCGUAGCGUAGCCUGGUAUUUAUUUUCACCUCUGUUGUUAUAACGUGUUUUACUUAUGAAAAAAAUGAUUUGUCUUUCAUUUUAGCAAAAGGUUCCACUUGAGGUUGGCCAGAUGUAUGUCUCAGAUGGUGGCGUGUACAAUAAUGCAGAUGGAAAUUAUUAGAAAUAUAUCUUGCACUAGACGUGCAUGUACAUAUGAAUAUAUGUAAAUUGUUAAAUGUAUAUGAUGACACACAGGCUGAGGCUGGCCACAGACAUAACUUCUAUGAUGAAUCGCUACACUUAUUAAUAUUUCUAAGUUUGCAUAGAAUGCACAUAUAGCCGCAAUAGAUCACAGUCUGUAUUCUCUAAUGGUAUUUCAUACUACGAUUCAGUCUGUAGUCAGCAUUAUAAUUGAGGGGAAUAUAAAUAAAUACAUUUAUAGUCAAAAUCACUGUGUUUAACACUCAUCAAGCAUUUGUAUUUGAGUGGUUGUGCUGCUUUUUGGUACUUUUAGGCCACUAAUUAUGCUGGGUCUUAGAUUAGGGAGUACUAUGAGAUACUUAUUUCUCUCUGUAGCAUGUUACUCUGCACUUACAAUCACCCCACUUACUAUAACUCCAUCACUUUUAUGCGCACAGUUUUAAAAAAACAGAAUAAAAGAACAGAUAUUUAAAAAAAUCAACUUGAAGUGAUCUUCUUUCGCCUUUGGAAGUCUAUCACCUGUUUUGUCUUUUAUUUUUUGUGUCCUCUGAAUGCAUUGCAUUACUUACAGCACAGGCAGAAGAGUUACAUUUCAUCUAAUGAGUACUCUUAAUUGUUCUAGCACCUUGGGUUUGUUUCACAGGAACAUGAUCAAUGACGAUGUGUUAGGAGUUACCCUUACUCUCUUCGUUGAAAAGAAGCCACGCACCCGGAGGAAUAUUAUGUUUACUGAGCGUUGCAGAAUUGCACUGUUGUUGCUUUCUAAUCAGAAGUGUUACUUUGUUUUAGCUGUUCCUUUUUUUUUUUUAGGAUGAAAAUUUAAAUCCAGUAAAAGAUACGCAUUCGUUGGUUGGUGUAAUCAGGACAAUGGAUGAUGUUCAAGUCUUGUGUUUACAUGCUGGGAGACCAUCAAAUGUGUUUGGUUGUUGAUGAUGCAAAUAAACAAAAACAAGAGUGACU